AUACAAACGAGAAAGAACACAAGCGCCCCAUAAUCCAUUGCAACCCGUGAGAAUUGCCAGUCAUCUUCAGUGUUGGUGAAUUCAAGCGAGCUUCUGAUUUACACGCGUUACGAGAUCAGACUGAGCGUCAAGAUGAAAGAAGCGACGGCAAAGAGACGCGAGAAGCCCCGCGCGGAUAAAGAUGUGGAGGAUGUGGAGAUGAAGGAGGACGAGCAGCGCGCGCCCCGAGAGCAGGACCAGCUGACACUGGACGAUAUCAAGGAGCACGUGAAGCAGAUCGAGAAGGCUGUUCUGGGGAAGGAGCCGCGCUUCGUCCUCCGUGCGCUGAGAGCUCUGCCCUCCACCAGCCGCCGCCUCAAUCCCAAUGUCCUGCACAAGGCCGUGACGGGAUUCUUCACCUCCAACGCCGCCAGCAAAGAGUUCCUGCUCAGCUUCCUGGAGCAGCCGGUGGAGACUGAAGGGGACGUGCAGUUCAGGCCUCGCACGGGAAAAGCUGCCGCCACGCCGCUUCUCCCGGAGGUGGAGGCGUAUCUUCAGCUGCUGAUGGUGGUCUACCUCACCAACAAUCAGCGCUACACUGAGGCUCAGAAAGUCUCGGAUGACCUGCUACAGAAGAUCGGCUCUCAGAACCGUCGUGCUUUGGAUUUAGUGGCUGCCAAGUGUUACUACUACCAUUCCCGUGUGUACGAGUUCCUGAACCAGCUCGACGUGGUCCGCAGUUUCCUGCACACGCGCUUGAGGACAGCUACGUUACGCCGGGACGCUGAUGGUCAGGCCACGCUGCUAAACCUGCUUCUGCGCAACUACUUGCAGUACAAUUUAUAUGACCAGGCUGAGAAACUUGUGUCCAAAUCGGUGUUCCCUGAGCUGGCCAAUAACAAUGAGUGGGCUCGCUAUCUAUACUACACAGGGCGAAUCAAGGCCAUCCAGCUGGAGUAUUCAGAAGCGAGGAGGACUCUAACAAACGCCCUGCGUAAAGCGCCUCAGCACACCGCCGUGGGCUUCAAGCAGACGGUGCAUAAGCUGCUGAUCGUGGUGGAGUUGCUGCUGGGUGAGAUUCCAGACCGUCUGCAGUUCCGUCAGCCGUCUCUCAAGAGGUCUCUCAUGCCCUACUUCCUGCUCACACAGGCGGUGAGAACAGGAAAUCUUGCCAAAUUUAACCAGGCGUUGGAUCAGUUUGGAGAGAAGUUCCAGGCAGACGGCACCUACACGCUGAUCAUCCGUCUGAGACACAACGUCAUCAAAACCGGAGUGAGAAUGAUCAGUUUGUCGUACUCUCGGAUCUCUCUGGCGGACAUCGCUCAGAAGCUGCAGCUGGACAGUCCUGAAGAUGCCGAGUUCAUUGUGGCCAAGGCGAUCCGUGACGGUGUCAUUGAGGCCAGCAUAAACCACGAGAAAGGUUACGUUCAGUCUAAGGAGACCAUGGACAUUUACAGCACUCGAGAGCCUCAGCUCGCUUUCCACCAGCGCAUCUCCUUCUGUCUGGAUAUCCACAACAUGUCUGUCAAGGCCAUGAGAUUCCCACCCAAGGCGUACAACAAGGAUCUGGAGUCGGCUGAGGAGAGAAGAGAACGGGAGCAGCAGGAUCUGGAGUUUGCCAAAGAGAUGGCAGAAGAUGAUGAUGAUAGUUUCCCAUGAGUCUGCAGAGCCUCACGUCCUUUUUCCUCCAAUCUUAUUCUGUUUCGGUCCCUCAUCUUUGCUAAUUGCCUGUCUGUUCCUCACAGGAGCUUCAGCUGUGCUCUUAUUAUAAUCCAUGAACGUACUGUGUGAUGUAACAUUAUAAACGCAUCAGUUCUCCGGUUUUGUAAACUCAUGGAUGCUUGGGGUUUUUUUUUUUUCACCAUUACAUUACAUAGUUUUAUACAUGUUGGUUUGCAGCAAUAAAUCUCAAAUAAACAA